GACAGUAAUCCGAUGAGACAACCGAUUCCAGAUGGACUACAUUUAUUUUUGUCCUCUAUCUGUCUCGGUUUAGAAUUUUAAAUGAUUACAAUUUUUAAUUCAUGAUGUUGACUUUAAAUAAAUAGUUUACCAAUUAAAAUUCCUUGUAUUUUUCCUGUCGAUUUGUUUUUGCAGAUUUGAGAAGAUGGCGGGUGUUUCUGAGACUAAUGUGCAGUUUUGGAUGAAUAAAGCAGUGAACUGGGGAGAGGCUUCAUCAUGUUCAGCUCUUCUGGACACUAGCAGACACCUUGGCCCUCUGAGAAACUUUCUCCAGCAAAUUCUGCAGGGGUUGCAGCAAAUGAACUCCACUAGUGAGGCCAUGAAGACGUUUCCUUUUGUGGGCCAGUUCCUGGGAAGACUAUGUUGGAACUCAUGUGUUACUGCGGACGAGAGGAGCCAGAAACUCCUGCUGCAAUGUUUGAGCUGCCUGUACAGCGCUGAGCCACUGAACGCUGUCGAACGAAAAGCCAACAUGUGGAUCAAGGUUGUGUCAUUGAUGGUAGAGGAGGUUUCUAAAAGCUGUGACUGCUUGCCGAAUGCAUCAGCAAGAUGUUCCAAUAGCAACAUUCACACCAUGUCCACAGCAUGCAUUGCGUUGGUCACAUGCACUCAGAUGGCUCCUCUCAUUGGAGCUCUGUUGAAGCAUUCAGAAUCAUGUGGCUCUUCAUGUCUCAAUCAAGAGUUCAUCAAGGAAGUCGGUGAAGCCUUCAUCAGUAAGAGGCUGGUGUUGGAGGACGAGGCUGUAAUUUCUCUGUGGUGUCAGAGCGCGUUAAGUCUGGAGGGGGCAGCAGUGAGCUUACUGGAGUCUGUGCUUUCUGACCAUCAAUUAAUGACCCAGAGUCUGGACAAGCAUGUUAAUGACUCAUUACUGCCUCAAGCUUCAGCCCGUCACUGUCACAUCUUCCUCACAGUCAGCGAGAUUUACAGGAACGUGCUGACAGAGAUUGAUGAGAAUCUGGCUAUAAGAACCCUCAUACAGGUUUUCACUGUCUGCUUCCUCCAGAGACUGACUGGACAGAAUUCACAGGAUCGUCUGCCACUGAGAGCCUUCUUCCCAAAUGUGAUGCCUAGUUUACUCUCUCCUUUACUGACAGCGCCAUCAGAGGUUCCCAGGGAGGCCUGGCUGGAUCAUCUGAGCUGGAUCACAAGUUUACUUCAGAGCGUGACGGAGAAUGAGGAGGAAGAUGUCAGGGCGUAUCAGCCUAUGUUUGAGGCUUGGUUCCUGCUGGUGCGUUGUGGGUAUUGGGUGGACACAGCCGUCGAGCUGCUUGUUCUGGCAGCGUCUGGAAACACGGAAGCGCUGCUGUGGCUGCUGACGUUCUUCCACCACCCCACCAACAGAGGGCACCAGCGCUCCCAGCAAACCGCAGUGGCCAGAGAAGCCUGGACUCAUCUGAGGAUGCUGUUUCUCAAUCAUCCUCCUCCUCCCAGACACCUCAGUGCUGUGAAAGAGCUGUUGUCCUCCUCCUCCAUUUCGGCAAACCUUGUCUUGCAUCUGUUUUCAAACUUUGCCGUCUUUUCCCACGGACCUGUUAGCAUUAUCACUGAAAUAAGUGACAAGGUGCUGACUGAGACUGCUGUGAGGCGCAGGGCACUGUGGAUCCUUGCCUCCAUUCGCUGCAGACUAAACAGCGCUUCCUCACGGGACGACAGGGUUCAUUCCAGGCUGAGGACACUUCAGGACACCCUCCUCCAAACCUGAGAGUCUCGCGUAAAAACUCCCAGCUUCUAGUGCUCCAACAAAACUGUUUAUUAGGAGAAGGAAUCCUGGCGUGGCUCGGUUACGCAGCGAAGCGUUGGGUGGGACGAUACGGCAUUUAUAGAAGAGAAGCGCAGCUGCCGUUUUUAACUUGAAAAGCAGUGGGUGU